AUGUCCCUGUCGCAGCAAAGCCAAGAGCCGGCGGAUGCAGCUGGAGGGCUCAGUCCUGGGGUACUCAGUGCUGCCAGACGGGAUCUGGCCACCCGAGACUCCCCACCAAGGGUGACUGUAACUCUAGGAGCAAGAGGAGGUGCAGCAACCCAAUGUGUCCCCAGGGCAGAGGGAGCAAGUGGCGCCUGCGGCCGCUUCGCACCCCAUGCCGAGCAGCUCAACUUCCAGCAAGCAGAGACUGCGAGGGCAGCGGCCUCCGCACCUAACUUCCAGCAAGCAGGGACUGCGGGGGCAGCGGCCUCCGCACCUCUGUCAGGGCAGAAACACGCAGAGACGUCCCCUUACAUGCGUGAGCCUGGCUGGGACUGUGCACAGAAGUAUGUUGUGAAGAACUAUUUCUACUACUACUUGUUCAGGUUUUCGGCUGCUCUGGGUGAAGAGGUGUUUUAUAUCACUUUCCUUCCAUUUACUUACUGGAACAUAGAUCACUCCGUGUCUAGAAGGAUGAUAGUCAUUUGGUCUGUAGUCAUGUACAUCGGCCAGGUGGCCAAGGACCUCCUGAAGUGGCCGCGGCCCCUCUCACCGCCCGUGGUGAAGCUGGAGACGAGGGCGGAUGCGGAGUACGGGAUGCCCUCCACCCACGCCAUGGCUGCUACCGCCAUCUCCUUCUCCUUCCUGAGUGCCACCACCAACCAGUACAAGUACCCCUUCGAGCUGGGGCUGACGGGCGCCUUGCUCUUCUCCACGCUGGUGUGCCUCAGCCGGCUCUACACGGGGAUGCACACCGUGCUGGACGUGCUCGGCGGGGCGCUGAUUUCGGCCGUGCUGCUGGUGCUCGUGUGCCCGGCGUGGGACUCCAUCGACCACGUGCUGCUGACGAGCCCGCUCUGCCCGCUGCUCUCCAUAGCCGUGCCGCUGCUCCUGUGCUACAACUACCCCAAGCUCGACUCCUACAGCCCCACGCGGGCGGACACCACCACCAUCCUAGGAGCGGGCGCUGGAGCGACUGUGGGGUUUUGGUUGAACAACCAGUACGUGGCGGCAGCUCACAGCAGCCGCAGCUUUCGGCCGGGCUUUCCCCUGCUCUCGGGUCCCAUGCUCGUGGUUAUGCUGGCCAGGUUCCUCGUGGGCAUCGGCAUUAUCCUCGUGACGCGGCAGCUCAUGAAGAACGUGGUCCUGGGCGUGCUGCGCUACCGCUACAAGUUCCCCGUGGGUGAUCUGGAAGCCAGAAGACGCCUGGAGGUUGAGGUGCCCUAUAAAUUUAUAACGUACUCUUCAGUUGGCUUCAGCGCGACUGUGAUUGUGCCGGUGCUGCACCAGGUGCUAGGUCUGAUCUGA